CAUGACCUUGGGCGUUAGUCUAAAUGGCGUAUUUUCAAAAAAAUUGUUUGAAUACUGGAACCUGUCCUUCAGAUUAAUCAAUGUAGGAGAAUAAACCAAGACAGCCGACUAUCAACGAAGUUACUGUACUAGCCAGUAUGUUGGUGCUCUGCAGAAGGUAUUCAGUUUUAUAUCAUAUACCUGAUGAAGUGGAAUUAACAAAGAAGAUUCUUCAGUUCUAAGCUAACUACUGGUCUAUUCAUGACCUCAGUCUUUUUGCCAUCAAUACAUUCAUCACAACCACCUUUAGGACAGUCAUCGUCACUGCAACCAAAUGAUGAAAUUAAAGCAGUUUUAUCAUUGUUAUCACAGGAACCGGUAGGCAAUAUCAAAAGUAGUCGACAUGUUGUCAACUGCAAUCGUUUGUGCUACAAGUCUUCAUCUAACCUAAAUCUUUCAAAUGACACAACACAUUCAAAUUUUUCUAGACACCAUCAUGUGUCUCGCAAACCAGAAGCUACUCCGAAGAAUAUUCCGAAGGCAUUACUUUUAUCUCCGCCAUUACCAAUACGUCGAAGACCUGCCAAUACAUUGAUAACAUCAAAAGGUCAUUUACGGAGUACAUCACAUGUAUCAACUAGUCGAUCCUUAUCUUCUAGUCACUAUGAUAGAAAUCAAUUGAUAAAUGGCAGUCAAUACAAUCGGACAAAGUCAUUCAGUCCUAAUGUAGAUGAAUCGAUUAAACCACAAUUGCCAACCAGAUCUAAAAAGUCUUCACAAUGCACAUCAUUAGUUAAACGAAAUGAAUUCAAUUCAGAAGAUGUAUUAUGCAUUGAAAAUAAUAGAAAUAUCAAUAUUAACAGUAAUAAUAAUAAUGGUAACCAUAGCAACAGCAAUGACCAUCGUAUAAAUAAUCACUUAGAUAAAGAACAAUAUUCUCGUUUAACUGUUAGUUCUCGAUGGAAUUAUCUUUUUAUAAAAUUAUUCAGUUGGUUUCAACGUAUACAAAAGUCACACAGUUCACAAGUAUCUUCACCUGAUUGUACAUCUACGCUAGUAAAUAAUAAUAAUAAUAACAAUAAUAAUAAUAAUCAAUGUCAUUCAAGUAUUCACCAACAUCGAAUACGAAAAAGUGGACACAUCAGAUCACAAAGUCAACCAACACAAAAGUUGAAUAAAUUAAAAUCGAAUUUACACUCUGAAGGUUAUUUCAAUAAUCAGAAAAGAAUACCGUUGAAUGGAAUGACUAGUUUAAGUCGAAAUGCUUCUUUAUCUGACUUUGAGCAAAUAAAUAAUUUUCAAUGCAUGGAGCUACACAACGUUUUUACGCCGUCACAUCCGCAUUUAUCAACUUCAUUACUGUCUGACGAGAAAUCAGCAGAUAGUUUAACCAGCUUCUGUCAAAUUGAUCAAUGUCCUAUUGUCUUUAAUAAUACAUUAACCACCAAUUCGAAUAAUAAUGGUAAUAAUAAUAUGUGUAGUAAUAAUGAUUGUGUGAGGAAUAAUACAUCGUUCACCUGCAACAAAAAAUAUCCUUGUUCAUGUACACUGUUGUCUUCCAAAGAUUUAAUAACCCCUAAUGCUGAUGAAGUACACAAUACCUGUUCCAUAGACAAUGACUUGAAUUGCUUUUGUAGUCAUAGUUGUCCAAUUACUUCUCGAAUGAAUGAUAUUCGUCUUGACAGUCAAAUUCCAUCUUCAUCAUGUAUGUCUGAGUGUUUUUGUACAAAUUGUCUUAGUUAUUGUGAUCACUGUUGUACAGUGUCGUCUCCGUUGAAUAAUAAUAAAUGUGAAGAUGAACACGUUGUCCAGUGUUAUCCUUAUCCUCAUCCUCUUCUUCAUCAUAACCAUCAUCAUCAUUAUCACCAUGUUACGUCACAUCAACAGCAUUAUCAUCAUUAUUACUCCUGUCAUCAUCACCAUUAUCAUCAUCAUCAUAAUCACCGACAUUUAUACCAUAGAACUGGUCAAAACAACGACAAUAUACCUCAACACUGUAACAAUUCAUCACAUACUGAAACUAUCCAGCAUCAUCAUCAUCAUCCCCAUCAUUGUACAAAUUGUCGUACCCAGAAGAAGAAGAAAGCAGUUAGAAAUUUUCAUUUAAACUUAGAAAGUCAAUACGCUACUAUUGGUCGACUUGAUCAAGUUAGACCGAAUCAUCAAUCCUGUAGCAAAAAUGCCUCACCAUCAUCAUCUGAACAAACUGAUUGUUGUUCAUCACCUGUCAUCACUUUACACUGCUUGAUGAAUACACUAACAACAACGACGACGACAGCGACAGGGACAACAACAAUCAAACGGUUGGAUAGAUGCAAUGAUACUAGAAGUUUAGCUGUGAAAAGUUCAACAGAUUGUAAUAAUUAUUCAGCUAACAAAUGUGUUCCAAGCAACUUAUUAUUAUUGACUGAUGAAAACCAGCGUGAAGAGUUAAUGGAUAAUUCCAGUGAGAGUGAUCCAGCAAAGUCAUUGAAGGUUAUACCGGCGAAACCGUCUGCUAGUGUUGUUGAUAAUGAUGAUGGUGAUGAUAAGAAGUCUUCUGGCAGUCAACAACAGAUAAAAUCGAAGAAUGAUCCUGAACUGAUUAACCGAAAAUUUGUCAAUGAUUUAAUGCAUUUAAAGCGUACUGGUUGGUACUGGGGUCCACUAUCAGUGGAGGAAGCUGAGUUACUUUUAAAAAACUGCUCGAAUGGUACUUUUCUUGUACGUGACAGUAGUCAUGAUUCAUAUAUGCUAAGUGUCAGUUUCCGUGCCGGUGGUCAAACUUAUCAUACGAGAAUAGAACAUCUAGCUGGUAAAUUCAGUUUGGCAAUGUCAAAUGAUCUGAACAAUAAUAAUAAUAAUGCCUCAUCCAGUGUAGCUGAGUGUAUUGAACGUGUAAUGGCUGAAUCUAUUCAAGAUCGUAUGCAUUUUCUACCUAUGCCUAAUGAUUCAUCACCAUCUAGCAGUGUUAAUAUUGGUAUACAAUUACAGAAUCACUCUAACAAUCAACAGCAACAACAACAACCUCAACAGUUAAUUAAUGCAUCACAUCUUUUAGAAUCCACACGUCGUUCUACCUCUACACAUAUAAAAGCUUCUUUAUUACAUCCAUUAUCACGUUUUCUUAUUGUCCCAUCAUUGCUUCAUUUAUGUCGUUUUGAACUGUUACUGCAUGUACGACAUGAUCAUAUUGAUCUGCUACCAUUACCUCCGAAUAUAUUACGUUAUUUAAAAGAAAGUAAAUAUUAUGCAGAAAUUAUUCCAGCCUAUCUAGAUCUUUUAAGUAAUGAAAAUACAGUUAACACUUGUAACAAAAUAUUAUAAUGCGUUAACAAGAAUUUUACACUAUAUUAGCAAUACUAAUGAGGUAAUGUUGUUGUUAUGCCAACAGUAGUAUAAUAAACAUUCCACAAUUGUUGAGAUAUACACCCAAUUGAUGCAAAUAUCCUUACAAAGCAUAUGUAAUAAUAUUGUGUUAUGACACAUAAUAUGUGUAUGGGUGUGAAUGCGUGGGUGGGUGUGUAUGUGUGUGUGUUUGCGUGGCAUAGAGCGCACAAUUCAAAUACCACACUUCAAAUCAUUUUCUUUCUUCUUCUUCGUUUUUUUAGAUAAAUAUUUUUUAUUUUGAUAAAAGCAAAAGGAAAUCUACUAGAAACCGUGAUCGUUUCGUUUUUUUCUCCUUUUUCUGCUUCUCUUGAUGUCUAAUAUGGCUUUCAUAAUUUCACUUUUGGCGCUUGUCUUUUUGUCUUAAAAUUUGUACCAGAAAUGAGUAAUCUAGUCGACUUCUUAGUUUUACAACUUCACAUAGAAUAGAGAUACUUAAAUUCUCUUCAGAAUAUGUUUUUUUUUGAUGAAUCCUACCUCAUACUACUACUGCAUUUAUACAUACAUAAACAAAAUAUGUGCACAAAUAUUUUAGAUAAUUAAUAAUAAUAAUAAUUAUUAUAUGAAUUUUUGAAUUUUUCCUUUUUUUAAAAAAAAUAAGAAAUUAUAAAUCUACUUGUCUUCUUUAUCACUGUGAAUUAUACCGUAAAGUGUAUGUUUAAAUUUAGCGCAUUUAUCUGUUUGUUGUCCGUGAACAUUGAACACUAGUUCGUAUUGAAUAAUUUACUCUUUUUUGUUUGACUAGUUAUUUGUUUGUUUGUACAGAAGGUUAAGCAAAAACACUUUUGGCGUAUGAUCUCUUGAUGUUGUAUUCUAUUUUUUCUUCUGUUCUGUUUGUUUGUAUAAAUGUGUAAUGGUAACUGUUGUUGUGUACUUCUUGAUUACUGGUAAUUAUCUUUGUUCUUCUUGACUGGAGGAUUAUUAUAUUCCUUUACUGUUAUUACAACAACGACUGCUACUACUACUAAUAAGUUGUAAUAAGUAGUAGUGAAACUUCGUGUUAUGAUUAUUUUAUUGUUUUAAUUUGCUUGUUGAAACCUCUCAUCAAUUUUGUUUGCUUUAUACUUAAUAUUCAAAAUAGCACUGUAUUA